CGAGGAACAUUGAAUGCAACAUUAUUUCCUGUUCAAAGGAUAUAUCGUCAGUGCAAGCCAAAGGCAGUUUAAUGUAUUUUAUGUUCAGGUAUUUCCUUGACACUCAGUUUGAUACUUGUUUCCUGAGCUAUGGCACAAUAGAAAGCUUUUCAGCAUGUUUUGGGAAUAUUUCGACGCGGCCCGACGACUCGGAAAUUCAGUGGGCUGUACGAGCGAGUGAGAGACAUGGACAACUCUGUCACCCUGUGGCAGUUCCUUCUCCAGCUCCUUUUGGAUUCCAGUAAUGAGCAGCUGAUCUGCUGGACCAAUGAGGAAGGAGAGUUUAAACUGCUGCAGGCCGAAGAGGUGGCCCGGCUGUGGGGAGCCCGCAAGAACAAGCCCAAUAUGAACUAUGACAAACUCAGCAGGGCUCUCAGAUACUACUACGACAAGAACAUCAUAAAGAAGGUUAAUGGUCAGAAGUUUGUCUAUCGCUUUGUGUCCUAUCCUGACAUCCUGAAAGGAGAUGUUGCCACCCGAACGGAGGGCAUGGAUGUGGGUGCUGGGGGCAUCCCUCAUCUUUUAAAGAGGGGAGACAGCACCCUACAGGAGGGUGAGCCUGGUGACCGCAGUAGCACAGCAGCUCUGGGCUCCAGCAUCAAGCAAUCAAAUCGUAAUGACUACAUUCACUCUGGCCUGUACACCUCCUUCACCCUCAACUCGCUGCAAAAUGGACGCCAGCUCUUUAAGUCCAUCAAAAUAGAGAACCCAGCAGAGAAGUUGGCUGACAAGAGAAGCCUCACUGCCACAGCCCAGAGCCAGGAGCAGUCGCCUCAGCCACAGCAGCCAACUGCUCUACCAUCCGUCAUCAAAUUUGGAAACACCCCUCCAAAGCUAGCACCAGCACUGUCGGCUCAGGUUGCCAUAGAGCCAACCCUGAUGUCCACCCACUUGGAUCCUCUGCAAGCUUCAAUCUUGAGGGGCGAAGACAUCAGCACACACUCCUCUCUGCCGUCCCAGUCCGUCUACUCACUUGAAUACAUCCGCCCAUCAUCAUCAACGUUCAGCCUACCAGAACUGACCUCGGCCAGCCCAUCCCCAAGCCUAGUGCCUGACUCAUCCCAGGAGCUGGUGAUUGACAGCGACAUCGAGUCCGGAUCUUCUCAACCCACAGACGCUCAGGCACAAGAGAAGGUGGACAGUGGCAUGGGCUUGUCUGGAGAUGAGACCAGUUUUGUGGACGCUGAAACCAGUUCAUUUUCACUGAGCAGCAGCACCACAAUCAGCACUCUGAGCUCAUUAAAGACACGCAAGCCACCGAAGAUCCUGCAGAUCAGCCCGCCAACUCUGCUAGUUACCGCCUCUGACUUCUCCCCCAUGAAUCUCUGCAGCCCCUCUCUACCUACUGCCUCUCUUACACCAGCAAUGCUUCAGACUCCCACUCUGUUGCUGACUCCCAGUCCUCUGCUGUCCAACAUCCACUUCUGGAGCACGCUCAGUCCGGUCGCUCCCCUCAGCCCAGCCACACGACGCCAGGGAGCCCACCUGUUCCAAUUUCCGUCGGUCUUCACCCCUCAGUUCCAGAUCCCUAUACAUAGUAUGGAUGGGACCAACACGCCCGGCCCCAUUUCCCCGGACCCUCAGAAGACAUAGGAUUAACCCCCUACAGUAUCACAACAUUGGACCCAGACAGCCAGACACCUUACCUCCCAAUGCUCCAUCUCCUGCUCUCAUAUCCAGGACAAUUAUGUGGGAGCCCAGUCAUGGCCAUUCCUCAUCACUCUAGUGCUUUAAAGUUCACUGCCGCAGGAUUCACACUACAAACAGGUGUGUGGAGGGAGGAUCUGGAGAGAUGUUGAUGCAUGACGGUAACACGUUCAGUUUGUUUUAAAACAUUUACACCCUGAGGAUGCUAUCCUGUACUCCUACACACUGAUUCCAUUGUUCCUUUUGCACAUAUGGAUCUAUUUUGUCUGGCUUUUUGGGAUCCUCAGUCACAACCGUUUGAAGGAGGGAGGAAUUUCCAUGGCAACAGUUUGUGCAAGUUUAUUGGACCCUCAGCAGCGACAAUCUGCUUCAUACUUGGACACACAGACCAGUGGAAUUGCAGAUAUCUGAAUCGUUCCUUUUAUAGAAUUCCCUUCUUAACUUGUGCAAAGGUGUUACUGCCAAAAAAUACACAUGUUCUGUUGUUAGUUUCUAACCUGUUUUCUCCUCUGCUGACAAUGCUUCUGUUCCUUGUUGUGCUCUGUUCUUAACUUUGACUCUUGUUGAAGGGCAGAGCUUUGACCUGAUAAUGUGCAUGUUUACCUGCAACUCUUUUAUCUUUUACCUAGCUCUCAACCUGGCCUCACCUGCCCGAGUGUGGACUGUUUGCUGCUCUGAAAUGCUGGCUAACUUUAGCCAUAUCUAACAGGACUUUUCCCUUGACUUUCUUAUUGUGACACAUGGCCAUAAUCUGAACUGAACCUUUGAUCAUGCCUCUCUGUAACUGUUCUAAUGUGUAUGUAUACAGGAGAAAUGCCCUGAAAGCCAGUGUGGCCUGGUGUACCUCCAGACAGUAAGCUUUCAGGUGGGAUUGAAAGAAAGUGAAGCCAUAACCCUUUUGUGUGCAUGGACUCUGCAAGCAACAACACACAAAUCCUGUAUUUAUUACUGCUCUGAUGUUGCCUUUUUAAAUGUACUCUACAACGGCAGCCAUCAUGUUAGAGAUACCUACUUCAAACGUCAAAUAGGGCUGGGCGAUAUGGAGAAAAUCUAAUAUCACAAUAUUUUCGACCAAUUAUAAUAAGAAUUGUGAUAUUGGUGCUUUCACAAAAUAUUUACACAAUGACAUUUUUGAUAAUUAAUGAUCGGUAAUGUGGAUAAAAUGACAAGUGGUAAAUUCAGAAAAGUAAAAUACUGUAAUGCAGCCUUUAAAGACAACACUACCAUAAUACGAUAUCCAAAAUCUAAACGAUAUCUGGUCUGAUAUUACAAUAUCCAUAUAUGGCCCAGCCCUAAAGUUAAUUUAACGUUUUGUGGGUGGUUAUGUGCUUGACUAUUUCCUGGCUGGGAGCAGUGACCUUCUGGAGUCUGGUUGUCUGGCAACCGCUCCUGGCCGAAAAAUAGUUUCAGGACAGCCGAAAACACACUUCUUUACACUUUACGAGAUAUAACAACCUCCAGUAAGCUAAGUUAAUAUAACCAGCUGCUGGCUCCAGAUACGUAGAAAAAGGUAUUAAUCUUCUCUGUUAACUUUUGGCAAGUGUCUUUCCCAAAAUGUCAAACUAUUAGUUAAAGAAGUAUUUGAAAUAAAGCCAGAAGAGAUUGUUCUUCAGAAAGCAGACUCUCUCCAGACCUUGAAACCUUGUUGGUCAUCCACAGCUCUGUUCUCUUGGCUGUAAAUGAAUAGGCUCUGAUUAAUGUUGCUUGCUAUAGUUAUUUUAUCUUAGACUGAACCUCCAAACUUAGUGGCUAGACUCUUAACAGUCUUCGCUCAACCUUUGCCAAGCCUUAGCUAAGCCUUAGCCACCUGAAAUACAGUACCUGUCAAAAGUAUGGACACACAUUCUCAUUCAAUGUGAACGAGAAUGUCCAAACUUUUGACGGGUACUGUACAUCACCUUUUAAUCCUGAGGACUGUAACAAACCUUCCUUGCCCUUAAACCCCUCCUCUAGAUAAUCAGCCAUGAAAAGGUUUACACCUGUUUUGUAAAUGACUUUGAAGCCAUAAUGUGACAGACUCGAGGUAGAUCCCACAUUUCUAUGCUAAUAAUUGUGGAAAAUGUAUAUCGCACUUGUUUACAUGAUACUUGGAUAGAACACGCUUAAGUGUUUCUUUACCGAAGUGUCCCUUUCUAACCCAGGGAUGGAUGACCAGCGAAUCUUGUAGGUCUCAUGCUCAUUUUUACUCAACUAACAGACAAUUGCUCCCUCAGCCUGCAGUCCGUCACAUUGAUAUACGGUGCCUUACCACAGCCAAGCCCAAGUUAAGCUCCCAACUGUGGAUGGAGUUCUAUCAUUUAAAACUUAGUUUACAGCUAACAGUACACGACAGCGUUCCUGUUUGUUUUUAUGCCAUAUCUUUGCGUAGACCAAACCAGAGCCCCAGAAGUUUAGAGUAAAACUUCACAGGGAUGUUUUGUGUAUGAGAACACUGCAGCUCGUGUGGUCCACAGCUUCUGUAUCGCAGGACCUUCAAUGUGCAAUGUGUUCUUCUCGGGAUGCAUAGAUGUACAUACAGACUGCAACAUGGGUUAUUAUGCAGAGCAUGUAAAUCUAAUCAUGCCAUGUCUCUUUCCAACCUGCUUAUACAUAUAUGUGUUAACAAAUUUAGA